AUGGAGUCGACUCUUGACCACGACACAUCCACAACCACGCAUUCACGGGCGUCACACAGGCGACCACGCAUACGCAAGGCGCGUGGCCGUGGUCUACGCACUACUAGUGGAUGCAUCACUUGCCGGAAACGACACCUGAAGUGCGAUGAAGCUAAGCCAAUAUGCGGCGCUUGUGAUAAAAGAAACAGUCGUUGCGAAUAUACCGGCUCGAGUCGUCGCAGCGUCGAACUUCCGGCCUCAAAUGUCGAUACCACGGAGAAUAUUAUCCAGGACAUUCCUGGGGAUGUCCUCGUGGAUGUUUCUGAGGUGGCAACGGACCAACAGCAAGCUACAUCCCCUGCGACCGAGAACAGACAAGCACCAGAAAGCACGCAUACAGAUACAAGCAACCUGGGAUAUGACACAUACGAAGUUGCUGACUCUACGUGGAUUGAUCACGAACCUGCCCUGAGCUCCCCCCAACUUGAUCAUCUGGCACAAAACCAGCUGGCAUGCAGCCAGAGCCCGCUGGCUUUGCAAACGUACCCUCUGUCAGCAGCCAAUGCAUCAUUCGCAGCAGUACAGUGGUUUGGUCUCCUGGCGAGCGACGCUGCAAGAGACAUCUCACAGUUGUCGACUGUUCCACACUCCUGGGCUAAUGAAAGUCUCUCGCUGGGUAACUCGGGCCCUCACGGUUCGACUCAGCUAAGCUCACUUCAAUGCGCGACGCAAGUGCUGGAUAGUCCUCCUCCCAGUCAUGCAAACCAUGACUCUGCAAAUGCCGGCGGACCGGACAGCAGCCCUCUGGCAGAGGCUCAAAUCUGGCAGUCUCGAGAGCCCAUAGAACUUCUGCCGACUGAGUCCACAUUGUUUGAGCACUUUGUUACUCAAGUAAGCCCUUGGAUCGAUCUUUUCGACCCCACAAGCCAAUUCUCAACGCUUGUAUCUCAUUUGGCAAUACACAAUGCCGGGCUGAUGAACGCCAUUCUAGCCCUUGCAUUUAGGCACCUGGCCUCGAAUUCCCGUCUGGAUGGUCAAGGCAUCCCGAAUAAAGGAGAAGCCGCUCUACAAUAUUACUACCAAACACUUCAUUAUGUACAAAAGGCAAUGCAGUACUCCGGAUACAAGACAAGCCUAGAGCUUCUUUCUACGGCUUUGAUUGUUUCCGCAUACGAGAUGCUCGAUAACUCUACCAACGACUGGGAGCGACAUCUUGAAGGUGUUUUCCUUAUCCAGAGGUCUCAAACUAUCCACGGAGAGUCUGGGGGGCUACAUUCAGCUGUCUGGUGGGCAUGGCUUUGCCAAGAUAUAUGGGCAGCGUUUCGUGAGAAAAGAAAGACUUUAACCUUCUGGGUUCCACAGAAGACCCUUGCUACGCUAUCACCGCAUGAACUCGCUACGCGCUCAAUAUACAUUACCGCAAAGGUGAUCAGCUACUGCGCCGAGAGUCCGACUGGGGAGAACAUUCAACGCCGAAUCGAUGGAGCGGACCUCCUUCACACAAUGCUGGAUGACUGGCAGGAGCAUCUGACUAUCGAAUUUUCGCCAUUACCGCUUAACUCUCGCAAAUCCUUGUCGAGAUUUCGACCCGUCUGGAUUCGGCCGCCUGAAUUUGCUAUUGCAGUCCAGUUCUACAAUGUCUCCCGCAUUCUGCUACUCGCCAACGAGCCAAGCAUCGGCGGUUUAGAACGAUUUCUUGAGCGUCAAAAUAUAAUCAAGCGGUCUAUCGGAGAAAUUUGUGGCAUUGCCAUGACCUUAAAAGACAAUCCCUCCUGCUUGAUGUGUUCACAGGCAUUAUUUAUCGCCGGACUGUUUACACAAGAGCGCAGUACCCAGGGGGCCAUACUUGACCUCCUAGAAUCCUGCCGGGAACAAAGUGGAUGGCCUAUUCGCUCUCUAGGCAAGGAGCUGGAACAAUUAUGGAAGGAGUCCGAGAUUCCAAAACUUACAUCUGCCUCGACUCCAGGGCGGCAUGGAGCGAAUCGAGGCCUCUGGAAUGAGAACCGUGUGAGUGAAUGA